UGCAGCCUACAGGAUGAGAACACACACACACACACACACACACACACACACACACACACACACACACACACACACACACACACACACACACACACGCGCCCGCACACACACACACACACACACACACACACACACACACACACACACACACACACACACACAUUCUCCUCCUCCUCCCCGCGCAUUCAGCACCACGGAGAACCGAACAGCGCACGAGUACCGGCGGAUACGGAAAUAAGGAGAAAUCAGAGGAAUCACGCUCUAUUCUAGACCUCUCUAGACCCAUUUCCCCAGCAUGCAAGGCGUUUAUGAUGCUCGUCAGCUCUAUUGCAGCCGGAUCGUAACACGGGGCUCGGAAGCGUCACCGUGAAUCUGCUGCGGUCUUCUGCUUCACUGCCAUCAGAGAGGAGAUGAAAUCGGCUGCGACUGCAGGUUUUAAGCCCGAAAACGUCAAAGCAGCGCCGUGUGCCGCGGUGUCCGGUUAGUGACAUGAAAACGCGGACUAGAAAGAAGGAAGAGGGCUGAAAAUAAAAGAGGGACACGUUUCCUAUGGACCAGAAGAAAAUAUACAGAAUCAGAGAUCGGUGAUGUUCACUGGCAUCUUUAAUUAAACUAAAAUAAACAAAUGAAUGUGAAAAUCUAUUAAAUCUUUAUCUGGACAAAAACGAUUUGAAUCAUUUCCUAUAUUUACCUACAAAAUAAAACUGAAACUAUUUCUCGCUCGUCUUGGAUUAUUAGCAUUAACUUAAACACCAAAAAUAAAGAUUUAUAAUUAUUCAGAUUUUUUAAAAAAUCCAGCAGCGUGGCACCAAAUUUCAGAAAUGAAGACCAGGAAGAACCAGGAGGUUGUGGAGAUGUUGGAAAGGCACUGCUAUUAAACACACAGCGAUCAUCUGUGGAGAUCGUCCAGCAAUUUUUGCAGGUUUCCUCCCAACUGAGCUUGUACGUAAAUGUGAAGUUAAGGAGUUGAGUUCUACGAGAGGUUGGCUUGCUCUGAGGAAAUGUAUCGUAACGAACCGGUCUUCUACAACCUACUGUGCACGCUGCUUUGUGAUUAUCUUUCACUGUGAACGUUGGGAGAAACCCGGUGUCUGUGAUCGUUCCAACUGUAACUUACCCACACUGAUGCGAAUUCUUUGGUUGAGCUCAAAGCGCGCCUCUCUACCAUGGGCUGCGUCCAGAGCUUCAGCUGCAAGUCGCGGGUCAAGCGCGAGAACAUUACCGUGUGUGAUAUGUCAGCCACCAUUGACCAGUGCCCCACAGUGAUCGAAGAGAACUCGCCUAUAGUCCUGCGCUACAGGACACCGUACUUCAAAGCUUUUGCCCUAGUGGUCAUGCCGCCCAUCCCUCGCCAUGAGACCUGGGUGAUUGGAUGGAUCCAGGCUUGCACUCAGAUGGAAUUCUACAACACUUACGGAGACACUGGCAUGUCGAGCUGGGAGCUCCCGGAGCUGAGGGACGGCAUGGUGAACGCGAUCAGCGACUCGGACGGUGUGAGCUACCCUUGGUACGGCAACACCACCGAGACAGUAACCAUCUCAGGCCCGACAUCCAAACCUUCACGCCUCAUCGUCAGCAUGAAUGACAACUUCUACCCAAGUGUGACGUGGGCGGUGCCAGUGAGUGAGAACAACACGCCAAUGCUCACGCACAUCACACGUGACCAGAGCUUCACCACGUGGCUUGUGGCGCUCAACGUCGGCACAUGCGAGAAGAUCCUGCUGCAAACCAUCAAAUGGAGAAUGAAAGUGGACAUCACCGUUGAUCCCACAAUGCCUCUGGGCUCCAGGGCCAGGCUGGUUGGGCCUCUUCACCAGGACCAGCCCAAAAUCCUCACCCAAAUGGAACCCAUUCCCCACAAUGCCAUGGGCAAACCCAACGCGAAUGAUGCCCAGGUGCUCAUGUGGCGGCCCAGAAGGGGAACGCCAUUGGUUGUGAUCCCCUCGAAGUAGCUGGUUCGGGAAAACGUAAGUGUGGAUACAGGAUAGUCCUUUCCACUGGGUUGAUUUUUGACUCUCCGGAAAUAUACCAAGAGCAGGACAAGCGGAAAAUGACAGAUGAUAGUUCUGUCGGUGAUGUACCGAGUGCCCCAGCGCGAUUCGAAAGGCCUUGUUCAUACUAAUAAGGAUCCAUUUGAAAAGUUCUUUCUGUUGCUGUUUUAGAUGUUUUCCAUUCUUCCGUUAUCACAUUUGAACGUUAAUAUUAAUAUUUGAUCAGUGUUACGAUGGACGUAAGCGAUGUCAGGAAGAAGGAAUGUCUGUUAACUCUUGAUCACGAUCCUGUUACCAACCAUGAGCGGUGCACCAAAUACCUGUAUCUGAGUUGAAUCCGGUUGGCAUCAACCUCUGGAUUGGUAUCAGAUCUGACAAACACUACAUGGUCAAAUGUUUGUGCACCCCUAACUAUUACACUUUAAUGUUAAUGAUAUAAUAAGCUCCACUUUUCAUGGGAGGCUUUUCACUAGGUGUUGGAGUGUGGAUGUAGAAAUUUGUGUUUGUUCGUAUAUUCCACAAGAGCGUUAUUGAGAUCAGACGCUGAUGUCAGGAUGGUGUGGAGACUUCAGUUCCAGUUUAUCCCAAAGUUGUUCAGUGGGGUUAAGUCAGAGUCAGGGUUCUGUGCAGGACACUUGAGUUCUUCCACUCCAACCAUAACCUCCACACCAUGUUUCUUUAUGGAGCUGCUUUGUGCACAGGGGUGUUGUCAUGCUGGAACAGCUAACCCUACAGCACACAAAGACAUUCUAUACAAUUGUGUGCUUAAAAAUUUGUUUGGAAAACAAAGGUGUGAUUGUCAGUUGUCCACGUACUGUACACUUAGCCAUAUAAAUACAUUAUGCUAAUUGAUGCUACGCCGGUCAAUGCAGAUAUCGGCCUCGUCAUGAAAACAGAAAAAGUGGGAUUAAUGCAUUACUAUGGACCGCAUGAUGGAGGAUAGAACCAGGGCGUGAACCAGGGCGUCCUGCCGAAAGAGUCCAAUGAGAAUGUUUAGGCAUUAAAGAAUAGCUUUUUCUAUAUCCUCAGGAGCUCUUAAGUUUGGAUCGCACAGAUGCCAUAGCCUUUCGUGGCCAGGAGACCAAAACUGACCGUGAGGUCUUAGCACUCGGGAUGGUAUACUCUCUUACCUCUCAAUCAGAGCAAUGUGAGUGAUGACCUGUGAUGUAGCACGAGCAGCAGCUCAGUUUGAGAAGACGCGGUGGUUGGAUUAAGAUGUCUUGAAGGAAGCACAUGCUAGCUUUCACCCUUCCUGGUUGGUAGCUGGUGUAUGAUAAUCAAGAGCUAGCUAGUGGGUAGAAAUGGACAAAUGACCAAAUUAUGAUGAGAAAACAACAACAAAACAGAAAUUAGACCAGCAACGAUCAGGAAUGUACAGUAGAACUUUCUGAUCCCGAAAACACC